CUGGAGACAGCAUUCCAGCAAUCAAAGGGAUGUCAAGCAGUGCCGGUCGUUGACCAAAUGCUCUGUGAUAAAUUCGACACACUUUAAAAAAAAAUCCAUAUCUCAAUCAUGAGAAGUUGUUGAAUACCACCGCUGUCUCGAGAUGCUAGGACCGUUGGAAUUGCCGUUAUUCCCCUCCUGCUCAGAUUGCCUGGCCUGGUCGGCAGACGGGGAACUGGCCAUCGGUGCGGGGGAAUACGUCCAGGUCCUGACCCCCAAGACGGCCAAUGAAAAAGCUGAACAGGGUCCUGUGCAAAAAGCCAUCAACGACUGGCAUUCCAAUCGGUUCAGGGUCAAUGUUUUCACUGAAAGCGAAUGGCCAACCAUCUAUCCCCAGAAGCGCGACAAUUUCUCUCUUGGCGGCGAGCAGUCCCUUAGCACCGUGGUAGGUCUGGCCUGGUCCCCUCCAGGACUCGCCAAGUUCCGGCGCUGUGUGCUCGCCGUCUUCACCUCCAAUCUGCUGCUUUCCCUCUAUGAGCCUGUCGGGAUCCAAGGCAAAUGGACGCGCGUAGCCAUCGUCAACGACUCCCUGAAACUGCAAUUCCAACCCCAGAUCCAGGAUGAGGGCUUGGCUCUGCGGAAAUCAUACAUUCGGUCUUUUUCGUGGUCAUCGCCUCUGAAAGUACCUAUCGCGGAGCAAAAUGCGGACUCACUAGCAAUUUCCGGCGUCGAGAGUCGCUGGGGCCAUCACCUGUUAUCAGUUGCAAAUGACUCUAAGGAUGUGAUCUUCCUGCGAAUACGAAGCUUGGUAGCAGUACAUAGUCCAAGGUACACCGCUGAUGUGCUCGCCUUAACUUCCUUGAAUAAACCCUUUGUGAGCUAUCCUGAGGCUCAGCCAUCAUCGCUCUUUGCCGCUACACUACAAUCCAAAGCCAUUGUCUCAUCAAUGAAUUGGGGCCCGUGGAUCUUUCCGGGAGACGACGAUCAGACGCAAAGCCCAACUGCCCGUCACGCGAUAGGGAAUCUGGCCGUUGUGUACGGGACAAAAUUGAGGGUCCUCAGACUAGAAGUUGACCCAGCAUCUCUCAAGUACGGAGCAGACAUGUGUCUGCCUCCCGAGCCAGUGGCCAAGUCAGAGGAGAACGCUUCAGUGUCUUGCAAGGAACUGGAAGAUCAUCGUUUCACCGGUCCCAUUGAAUGGAUCAGUCUGGGUAAUGCGCAGGCUCUUUCUUUGGCUGCGGGUGUCUUUGGGGGCCUCGCUCUUAUCACAAUGCCUCACUCAGCAUAUGAAGGACAUGAGCAGAAAUCCACACAGAUUGAGUUCAAACACCUACCAUUCUAUGAGGACACGGCGGCAGAGAUCCAGUCCAAAGCCCCAAGGCACUGGGAUCCAAUAUCAUCCAUGACUGUCACACGAGACCCUGAGUCUCAGAAUCUCGUGCUGCAUGUAGGAACAGGCGGCGGCUACGCGAUAACGAAACAAUUCUCCUCGGAGCAGGAGGACCAGCCAUUCUCCAAGGCCCCCUGGAAAAACCAAAUCGACGACAUGCGGGAACAGUUCGACUUCAAUCGAGAUUUCGGAGGCCUCGCCGUGGCCAGGAUCUGGGGCCUGACCUCAUGCAAGGGCAUCGUUGCGAGCGCUACCACGCUCCACCCGGGAGACGUCAUUGAAUACCGCACAGCCGCCGAAGACCGAGUGAUCGUCACCUUCUCCACGACCACUGGUGAAGUCGCAGACGAGCUCCCCAGCGGGCCAACAGCGACAUCGGACCCCAGCUCUGCCUCUGGCCCUGACUCCCCCAGUACAAGGCGCGAUGCGGCCCUCCGGCACAUUCUACAGUCCCAAAACGACGAAGGCGACAGCCCACCACUGCCACUGUCUGGUAGAUUAUUAUACGCAGCAGCAUGCUCCGCCAUUGUCGAUUGCGCCAAUAGGGAGAUCAUGGCGCAAGCCCGCCAGGUUCUCAUCAGACUCGCUACCAUCACGGGCGCCGAUCUGACCGAGGAGAUUUCCAAAUGCUCCACCUCCAAGAACACGGUAAAGGCCAAGUCCGCCGAGGAACUCAGCGGGCCAGGGAGCCCUCUAUUCGAGAGAUGCGAUAUCUGCGAUGCCGGCCUUGCUUGGUAUUCGAACCAGGAAGCGCAAUGCGCCGCGGGCCACCUCUUCGUGCGGUGUGGCUUGACGUCGCUAGCUAUCCAAGACCCCGGGGUAUCCAAAUUCUGUUCCGGCUGUGGGAAAGAGUAUCUGAACGAGGACGAGAUGGACUCGUCCGAUGCGGAUCUCCAACGGUCUUGUCAACGUCUGUUCGACAUGUUCGAUACGUGCACCUUCUGCGGCGGGAAAUUCCGUCCGUGA